AUGCCUCGACUUUUGGGUCCUCAGCCCAAUCCUAAGCCAGUUGAGGCAGUGCGCAGAGAAGAGUCAAUAAGCUUAUCUCCAGCGGUUGAGAAUGACCCUCUCAUUAAUCCCAAACCAGAGGAGCCUGUACUGGCCUGUCCGAUUUGCAAUGAAACUAUGAUUUCUCUCACCCAACUCAACCAACAUUUAGACGAUGAGCACAGUGACAAGUCACCAAUUGUUCCAAUUGGGUUAGCAAAUGCACCAAAAUCAAAGAAAAGUUUGUCUUCUGCGAAUAUAUCCAGGAAGCAUUGGGUGGAAGCAGCGCCUGGCCAGACAUGUGCACACGAGAGCUGUUCUGUACCUGUAGAACGCAACGGGAUCAAUUGUAGACAAUGCGGUUUAUUGUUCUGUCGUCCUCAUUCCGUGUAUGCUAAAAAACUAGAGAAAAGUGCCCAGCCAGAUCCUGCCAAUGGCAUCUGGGCCCGAGUCUGUCGGGGCUGUUUCGAGUCUCGUCCAGGGUUCGACGAUAACUCAGGUAUGUUGCGUGACCUUACAUUCAGUUUUAAAAAGAAACGCCAAACACAUGUGGAUAGUCGACGGUUAGUUGUGGAGAGGCUUGAAAACCGUAUGGUCAAGUUGGUGGUUGGCCUGUCCAAAAUGGACAGAGAACGAGGCUUGUUCUCAUACAAAGAUGUGCAACGAAAGCGAGAAUUUGAGCGCGACCUCGUUCCAUGGGAAAAUGAAGUUCUCGUGCCCCGCUGUAGGAUCUGCAACCAGCGAUUCUCCUACUUUUUACGAAGACACCAUUGCCGUAUCUGUGGGUUAGUAGUAUGCGGAGACAUGGAUCGGGACUGUUCACGGGAUGUAGCGAUUAAUAUUCUCGCUGAAAAACUGGAACGAGCAGAUUUGGCAACCUCGUCGAUGUAUGCAGUGAGGGUGUGUAGGGACUGCAAGGACUCAGUGUUUGGGCACAAGAACUUUCUGAAAGAGAUAGAAGAGCCCCUCCCGGAGUUGUUACAGCUUCGCACGCAUUUGAAACGCAAACAGGCUCAGAUCGACUUGAUAUUACCCCGCUUUCAAGAACUAACUGCCGAGCUGGCCGGAGGAGCUGUCGAGCCAGGGAUUGUUAAUGAAACUACAACCAUUCGGCAGCAAUUGCUCAGCUCGUUUGCUCAAUUUGAUCAUCUGUCACGUCGUCUUCGCAGCCUCCACACCGACACCCAGUCCGAGGCAACUCUACAAAAGCAAAUGACGCUAUGGACGACAAACUAUCUUCAAGACACUAUGGUUCCCCUGCAAGCUCUUCCCCAUGUUUUGCAAAAAGACGAGGUGAGACUACGGAAAGAUGAGAUCGAGAGCAUUCAAAAUCAAAUAGUCGUCCUCGAGGAACAGAAGUUCAUGGUGGAAAACAUGAUAAAUUCUGCCAAAUCACGGAGACGGCUCGACGAGAUCGGGCCUCUCGAACGAUCACUUGGUGACUUGCAAUCUGAAAUUGUUAAACUCCGCUCAAAGUUGGGCUCAAGAGGUAAUUUCUAG